AUGCCCAGCCUCUUCUCUCGCCUGAAGACCAAGGACGGGUCGCAAAAAAAGUCCAAGAAGGGCUCCAACUUCGAUGCUGCUGACCAGCUAUCCGCAAAGCCAAAAUGGGACGACGCCUACACUAGGAAGACGGUCGAGCCUGAAGAGAUACAGGACUUGAUCAGGCGUUGCACCGGAGAGCUCAAGGCACGAGCUCUUGACCACCCUUUCCUCCUGUUGCCGUUCCGGCCUACCUCGGACCCUAGUGCUGUCCGGACCUUCAUUCGACAUUUCUUCGAUGGCGCCCAGCCUCUUCGUGGCGAGUUUUUGUCGCAAGAGCUGCGCAUGACUGAGCCAAUGGUCAUUGCGGGUGUGGUCAAAUGGUGCUGGAGUCGCCUCUCAGGCGGUGUUGUGGGCUGGGAUGCGUACGAGCUCUUCAAGGUUGGCGAGCAAGAUUCAAACAUGGCCAGAGACUCCUUCAAGACCUUCAUCCCCCUCAGUGUUGAAAACGGCGCCCGGUCGUGUAUCAUCUUCGAUUUUUUCGACCUGCUGUCUGCCAUCGCCGCCCAUGGCAAGAUGAAUGGUCUGGGAGGGCGCAAGCUCUCUCGGAUGGCCGCAUGGUGGGCGUUCGAGCAUAAGGACACGGGCAGCGGCUUCGAGGGUGGCUACAAAUCUUGGGCAACUGCUGCCGACGCCACCAGCCAUCUCUUCUUCGCGUACCUUCGAUCCUUGGCACCCCAGAAACAAACUCAAGGCGCAAUCUCUAUGCUCCCAAUGUCUCUGCAGAAGCUACUGCAGGAAACUGAGUACCCCCCUCAGAAACCGUCUUUGAUGCAAUCGUCUACGUACAGGGUAGUCAUGAUUGUCGACGCUGUCUCGCCGACGCCUUUUGCACUUCUACGCCGAGCAAACCACUUUCAGUACCGCGAGGAAGACCGAGCUCUCCGCGAGUUUUCCGAGUACGAGGACCCAGUGAAGGCCCUGACCGAGGAAUGCCGCCGUGUGCUGAAAGCAAUCUCGUCCGCCAACCAAUCUCAAGUUUCGAGCGCAAAGCAUUCGACGAGCUUACGAGAUGCCUCAUGGUCACGGUUUGAAGACAUCGGCUUCACCAGUGCACUCGAAGAUGACGACGACGACGACGAUGCUGCUGCUGCUGCUGCUGCUGCGCGCAAGCCCCAAGGCCUGAGAAGUACUCCUGCGGCCGGAAAUGCCGGUCUGGGCCGACCGACCACGCCUUCUUGGGCCGACUUCCUCUCUUCUGGUUUUGUGGACGAUAACCCCAGCAGCCCGAACAUGUUGUUGCCUCCUGACAAAGUUCUUCCCCCCAUCGAGACGGCUGCGCGCCAACGAAGCUCACAGUCUCACAACCCGAGACUAGAAUCCGAUCGUCUGGAGCCAGGAGAACUGGCGAGCAUUGCUCGAUUUGACCUGGACGAGAGCUUCUGGUGGGUUUGGAUGAGCAGCCUCGCCCCCGAAGAGACUCAAGAGAGGAAAGCGGCCUUUGGUCGCUGUGCAGUUAUCGAGACGGCUAUCAAGCGUGGUCGAUGGUUGGUCAUGGAGGAGAUGGUGGCCGGGGCAGCCCCAGAGCCCCAGGAAGGCGCCUAUAUCGCUGAGAAGAAGGGAUUCUUCAGCUGGACUAGACGCAACAAGGGCGUCAACCGUCGCAAGUCAACAGGAAAGCAUGCUCUCGAGAAGGGCAACAAGAACGCCGAUCCCAAUCUCAGCAAGUCGAGCAUUGGACCUGACCAACAAGCUCGGAUCCAGGCGGCUGCCGCUCAGCUGCAGGCCCGCCAACAGCAAGAGCAACAGCAGAUGCUCCAAGUACGCCGAGGAAGAAAAGACGAGUUGACAAGAGAGAAGACAAACAGUGUGUUGACUCUUCAGCCCGAUAUCAUGCGUCAAGCUUCCCCGGCGAUGAAGUGGGCAAACAAAUACGACAAGGACGCGAUUCGGGAGGCAUAUCUGGCAAACAACGCCACUGGUCGCGGCCUCGGCGUCUCUACCAUGCAAAGGAACGGAAGUCAUGACCACGAGCACGCGAACGGUCACACCAACGGAGACGAGCUUCGUCCUGAAGUCCCAGCCAAAUCUCCCUCCUUGCAACCGCAGCCGUCCCCAUUGACGCAAAACUCUUCAUCGGGUUUCCGCUCGCCAUCCCCGCUGCCGCCCAACCACCGAGAUGACGAACCUAGGGUACCGUCUGAGAAGGAGAUGGAGGCUCCGAGCGGUCUUCACCCUGCCAACCGAUUCGAAGACGGCCGCAGCUCUCCGCUGCCUCCGCCCAAGGAUUCGUACGACUACGGACGGGAAAACAUGUUUACGCCGGAACCGGAUACCAGCCCCAAGGACAAGAGGUCGAAGAAGCUUCACAAAGAGAAGGCUGGCGGAGGUGGUCUCCGCAAGCUCUUUGGCCGCAAUAAGAACCGGAACUCGAAAUUGCCUGAGAACGCCGCCGCAGACGUGAACGGUAUGCUCCAGCGCGAGACAGCAACCCCUGAGCCGCCAAAGCCUGCUCCUUCUCCCGUCCCCCAGCCCAUUGCUUCAGAGUCCAACCUUCCCACACCAACACCAGCAGAGGCUUACACCACGCCAUUGGAGACUCCUCAGCCAGCCCCAGUUGAGACCCAAGCUCACGAGCCGCAGUACGAGCCGUCCGUUGAUGAAUCCCUCUCUCGAGUCGAUACCGAGGAUGCCAACGAGGCUCAGAACGAAUUCUCACGCUUCGACCAAGGGCCUCUGCAAGAGCAGCCUGCCUUUGUCCCUGACGACGAUUCCGAGGAUGCCAUUCCACCCCCCAUCGCGCGACAUGCGAAGACCCCCGAACCGCCCACGGAGACCUCGCCUGCCUCGCCCGAUGACGGACCUCGAUCCCCGCCCGCGUUAGACCGAUGGGCGCAGAUCCGCAAGAACGCCGCGGAGCGCGCGGCGCAACGCCAAAGCGAAGAGCAAAGCCGCGGCGGCUACAGCAAGACCACUGACGGUGACGACGACACGAGCGGAGAAGAGACGAUCGAAUCUCGCGUAGCUCGUAUCAAGGCGCGUGUUGCCGAGUUGACGGGUAACAUGGAGAACUCCCAGGGUCCUCCCUUGACGGUUGUCCGAACCCCUCCCGCCCACCGCUAG